GAGGCAGCGGUGUCCGCAUCCUGGAGCAACAUGGCGGCGUCCGUGAGGGGCUAGCUUUGGAAGUUCAGUGUGGUUGUGGGUGAGGUGCAGCGACUGGGCGUUUAACUUCAGGGAAGCGGGGCGCGCAUAGCGGACAGCGUUCGUGCCCUCGUCCUCGGCAAGGAGCAGAGUCGCCCGAGCAGGAUGAGCAACAUCUACAUCCAGGAGCCUCCCACGAACGGGAAGGUCUUACUGAAAACUACAGCUGGAGAUAUUGACAUAGAAUUAUGGUCCAAGGAAGCUCCUAAAGCCUGCAGAAAUUUUGUUCAGCUUUGUUUGGAAGCUUAUUAUGAUAACACCAUUUUUCAUCGAGUUGUGCCUGGUUUUAUAGUUCAAGGGGGAGAUCCUACUGGUACAGGGACUGGUGGCGAGUCUAUCUAUGGAGCCCCGUUCAAGGAUGAAUUUCACUCCCGGUUGCGUUUUAAUAGGAGAGGACUGGUUGCCAUGGCAAACGCUGGUCCUCAUGAUAAUGGCAGCCAGUUUUUCUUCACGUUGGGCCGAGCAGAUGAACUUAAUAACAAACACACCAUCUUUGGAAAGGUUACAGGGGAUACAGUAUAUAACAUGCUGCGGCUGACGGAAGUGGACAUCGAUGCUGAUGAAAGGCCACGGAACCCACACAAAAUAAGGAGUUGUGAGGUUUUGUUUAAUCCAUUUGAUGACAUCAUUCCAAGGGAAAUCAAAAAGCCAAAGAAAGAAAAACCAGAAGAGGAGGAAAAGAAGCUGAAAGCCAAGGGCACAAAAAAUUUUAGUUUGCUGUCAUUUGGCGAGGAAGCUGAGGAAGAAGAGGAAGAAGUAAAUCGAGUUAGUCAGAGCAUGAAGGGGAAAAGCAAAAGCAGUCAUGACUUGCUGAAGGAUGACCCGCGCCUCAGCUCUGUGCCCGCCGUGGGAAGUGAAAAAGGUGAUACAGCAGAUUUAGAUGAUGAUGCAGAAGGUGAAAGUACAGAAGAUGAUGAGGAUAUUGACGGCGAUGAAAAGGAGUUGAUGAAAGAAAGAAUUGCAAAAAAGUUAAAGAAGGACACAAGUGCAAAUGUUAAAUCAGCCGGAGAGGGAGAAGUGGAAAAGAAACCCGUGAGCCGCAGUGAGGAACUUAGAAAAGAAGCCAGACAAUUAAAACGGGAACUCUUGGCAGCAAAGCAGAAAAAAGCAGAAGACACAGCCAGAGCAGAAAAAAGGAGUGAAGAGGAAGAAGAUGUUCCCAAUGGUGCUGUUGCAGAAUACAGAAGAGAAAAGCGAAAGUACGAAGCUUUGCGGAAGCAACAGGCCAAGAAGGGGACUUCCCGCGAAGACCAGACUCUUGCACUGCUGAACCAGUUCAAAUCUAAGCUCACUCAAGCAAUUGCUGACACUCCAGAAAACGACGUUUCUGAAGCGGAGGUGGAAGAUGACGAGGGCUGGAUGUCACAUGUACUUCAGUUUGAGGACAAAAGCAGAAAAGUGAAAGACGCGAGCAUGCAGGACGCAGACACAUUCGAAAUCUAUGAUCCUCGGAACCCAGUCAACAAAAGAAGAAGGGAAGAAAGCAAAAAGCUGAUGAGAGAGAAGAAGGGAAGGAGAUGAAAUGAG